UACGGCCUUCCCUCAACACAAGGCAGCGUCUCAUGAUUCAUUCAGGCAAACACAGGCAGCACAACACGGGCCAGACAACAGACGCUCUUCCGAGCCAGGGUAUCAAGAGGCUGGGUGUCCAAACUCAGAGCAGGUGUCCCACUGCAAGGUGGAACUAGCGAGCUUCGUCAUGGCGGACGUUGGUGAGCUUUUGAUGUCGGUUUUGUCCACAAUUCGGGUCCCGAAACCCGGGGACCGCGUCCACAAAGACGAAUGCGCCUUGUCAUUUUCCUCACCGGAGAGUGAAGGAGGCCUGUAUGUGUGCAUGAACAGUUUCCUGGGUUUGGGGAGUCAGUAUGUUGACAGGCACCAUGCUCGUACUGGUCAGAAGGCUUAUUUGCACAUCACCCGGACUCGUAAGGCCAAGAAGGAAGAUGAUGGUAACUCUGGCUCUGGACACCCACCUAAGAAAAAGCCCACCAGACUGGCUAUAGGUAUUGAAGGAGGGUUUGAUGUAGAGCAGGAGCAAUAUGAGGAGGACGUAAAAGUGGUGAUUUUGCCAGACAGGCAGGAGGUGACAUCCGAGGACCUGGCCACCAUGCCUGAUGUCGUAAGAGAGCGGGUGUCUCUGUCUAUGGCGGGUAUCAUGGCAGCUGACUCAGUGUCUCAUACCUUACAAGUUCAGCAGUGGGAUGGAGAGGUGAGACAGGAGUCGAAGCAUGCCGCUGACCUUAAACAGCUAGACAAUGGAGUCAAGAUCCCUCCCAGUGGCUGGCGGUGCGAGGUGUGUGACCUCCAGGAGAACAUUUGGAUGAACCUGACGGAUGGCAAAGUUCUGUGUGGGCGCAGGUACUUUGAUGGCUCUGGAGGCAACAACCAUGCUCUUCUCCACUACCAGGAGACCGGUUACCCACUUGCUGUCAAACUCGGUACCAUCACUCCUGAUGGCGCUGAUGUGUAUUCCUAUGAUGAGGACGACAUGGUGCUCGAUUCCAAGCUACCAGAGCACCUGGCUCACUUUGGCAUUGACAUGAUGACCAUGGAGAAAACUGAGAGGACAAUGACAGAGCUGGAGAUUGCUGUGAAUCAGCGUGUGGGAGAGUGGGAGGUGAUCCAGGAGUCGGGGACCACCCUGCGCCCCCUGUUUGGCCCCGGCUUGACUGGCAUGAAGAACCUGGGAAACAGCUGCUACCUCAAUUCUGUCAUGCAAGUGCUCUUCACCAUCCCAGACUUCCAGAGCAAGUAUGUGUCUAAUAUCGACAAGAUAAUUGAUGAAGCACCGAGCGACCCAACCCAGGACUUCAAAACCCAAGUAGCCAAGCUCGGUUAUGGUCUGCUGUCAGGAGACUAUUCCAAACCAGCACCAGACCCAGGAGAGGAAAAUGGUGCAGCUGAACCAAGGGGAGACCAAAUCGGAAUAGCACCGCAAAUGUUCAAAGCACUUGUCGGCCGGGGCCACCCAGAGUUCUCCACCAAUCGACAACAGGAUGCUCAGGAGUUUUUAUUGCACUUCAUAAACAUGGUGGAGAGAAACUGCCGCUCUGGGUCCAACCCGUCUGAAGCCUUCAGGUUUCUGGUGGAGGAGCGGAUUGUGUGUCAGCAGUCACAGAAGGCCAAAUACACACAGCGGGUGGAUUACAUCGUCCAGCUGCCCGUGCCCAUGGACCAGGCUACCAACACAGAAGAGCUUCAGGAGGCUGAGCGCCGCCGUGAGGAGGGGGACUCAUCAGCUCCGACAGUGCGUGCACAAAUCCCCUUCACAGCAUGCAUGGCGGCUCUCAGCGAACCAGAGAUCCUCACGGACUUCUGGAGCUCGGCUGUUCAAGCAAAAACUACUGCUACCAAAACGACCCGGUUUGCCUCUUUCCCCGACCACCUGGUUAUCCAGAUUAAGAAAUUCACCUUUGGUCUUGACUGGGUGCCCAAAAAACUGGACGUGAGCAUCGAUGUUCCUGAUACUCUUGACCUGAGCGGGCUACGUGCAACUGGCCAGCAGCCAGGGGAGGAGCUUCUGCCAGAGGUGGCCCCGCCCCCACUCAUGACACCAGAUGUGGAGGUUAAAGGUAUCCUGGGUUCCCAUGGCAACGAGGAGGACGACUCGCUCUACUCCCCACUGCUGUCUCCAGUCCUCGAUGACUCCACUGUGUCCCAGUUAUGUGAAAUGGGAUUCCCACUAGAGGCCUGCAGGAAAGCGGUGUAUUACACGGGGAACACUGGAAUUGAUGCUGCCAUGAACUGGAUCAUGAGCCACAUGGAUGAUCCAGACUUUUCUGCCCCCUUGGUGUUGCCUGGCUGCAGCUCUGGACCUGGAACCACACCCACAGAGAGCCUGUCUGAGGAGCACCUGGCAACCAUCGUCUCUAUGGGCUUCAGCCGAGACCAGGCAACCAAAGCACUUCGAGCAACGAGUAACAUCCUGGACCGGGCAGUAGACUGGAUCUUCUCUCACUUGGAUGACCUGGAGUCCAUGGAUGUGUCUGAAGGAGGUCGCUCAGCUGCAGAGAGCGAGGGCGGCAGGGAUCCUCCACCUGGACCUCGCGUCAGAGAUGGACCAGGAAAAUACGAGUUGUUUGCAUUCAUCAGUCACAUGGGGACGAGCACCAUGUGUGGCCAUUAUGUUGCCCACAUCAAGAAGGACCAGCAAUGGGUGAUCUUCAACGAUCAGAAGGUGUGCGCUUCAGAGAAGCCUCCCAAAGACCUGGGAUAUCUCUACUUCUACCGCAGGGUGGCUGAAUGAAGCAAAGCAGCGUUACACUUUGGGUGAACGAGAAGAUACGUGAACGCUAACAAACACCCAUGACAAAAUUCAUAGUUGCACUCCACCAAGCUCUUACAAAAGUCCUGGCACGCUUCACAACUGACAAAAGUGUAAAUAAGUCUCUCAGAUUGCGUAUUACACACUCAAUAAAUUGGUGCAGAUGUACAGAUGAGAUGUUGGGCUGAUAUUUUUCUUGAAAUCCUCUGAUUACAAACCACAGGUCUGUUCAGAGAGCAGGUUUGGUUUGUUUCCUGAGCCUUGAUGAUCGGUCAGCCAUCUGUUCAAGUUUAACUCACAAAUGAUUUCAGAAAACCUGCUUCAGGGAACAAGUCCCAAACAUUAGCAACUUUGUUGAGUCCCUUCACUUGUUUUGUUAACCCCGACUAUUGAUUUCCACUGCCAUCAGUAGUCACUGCCGCCUCCGGUCCCCUCUUCUUUCAUUGGAUGAUUGCAGCUUGGUGUCAUCACUCCUCCUCUACCUGUUAGUGAGGACAAAAGAGUUAAACACCCACAAUAAGAGAAAAUGUCAGUGAAUAUAAAAAGAAUAAAAACAAAUGUGUGUUACAAAAAGGAAAAGCACCAAAUCAGCUUGUUUUCCUUCAGUUUGGUGAGGGUGAUAUCUGGGUGAUUCUUGUUUUAUUUUGUUUUUAUUUUUGAACAGAAAUGCUUUGUUACUUCUGCUGUGGCAAAUAAAUAAUUGUCUUUCUGUCAAAUAAAGUGUGGUCUGUCCUUU